UGGAAAAACACUGCCUUAGACCAUGGAACCCCUGUACCAAGAUGGCGGCGGUAUUUACGCGUAGGUUGAACGAGACAUCUAGCGUUUUAUGUCUUUGGUCGGUUCCUAUUGGUUGCAGUGGCUACCAACAAAGAAGACGCUAUUCCGGAAGUUAACAACGGGAAACCGCAGAAACUAGAGUUGUAAACAGAGCUUUGGAGUUUUACCGUGUUUAUUACCGUGAUUAUUCUGCUCGAGAAAAGCAUGCCUUUCCCGGCUGCGUUCGGCUCGCAGCUCACGGCCGUCAUGGAGGCUCUGCUGAAGGCGCUAGUGGCUGGAGUGACCGCUGCGGUGGAAGAUCGGGUUGUGGAGCUGAGGCUGGAGCUCCGAGACAGAGAGCGGAAGAUCCGAGACCAGGAGCGGGACAUAGAGCAGAGGGACCUGGAGAUACUGGAGCUGCGAGCCGCUGUGGAGGAGCUCAGAGCCCGGGAGGAGGCGGCUGGGAGCCCCGGGGAGGAGGAAAAACCGGAGGAGACUGAGACACAGAUCCAGACCCAGACCGAGAGUCAGACCGAGAUCCAGCCCGAGAUCCAGACCGAGACCUGCCAACAAGUGUGGACCAAAGAAGAAGAAGACGACGCCUUUAAUGAUGAAAUGAAAUGGGAGCCAACAGAUUUUCUAACUGCUACAUCUCCUCUCCGAUCUCCUCAGUGUACUACUUCUGAUACUACUGCGUCCAAUACUUGUGCUACUAUUACUGCUACUGGCGCCUAUUCAGAUGACAGGAACAGCUCUGACACAUCACAGAGUUUCAUGUACAGUUCUCAAGAAACAGACUUCUCUCAUCUUCCACACGCAGAUCCGCCGCUGGACUCUCUUCUGAGCGCGAAUCAGGAGCUGUUUUCGUCAACGGGGCAGUUGGCGGGGUUCAGGUGUAAUCAGUGCGGAAAGACUUUCACAGGAAAAGCCCGCCUGAUCACGCACCAGAGCGUCCACACGGGUGCCAGGCCCUACAACUGCCACAGGUGCGGGCGCAGGUUCACCCGCAGAGACAGCGUGGGCAGGCACCAGAAACUCGACUGCUGCAAAUAACAGGGCUGUGAGGUUAAGAGCUGUGAGAUGAUGCAUGUUUUUGCUGUGGUCUUAAGGCUGCGGUCAUGUGACAUCACUGCAGCCACUGGAUGAGCAGGCCAAUCACAGCGCAGCAUUGUGGUUUGGGCGGAGUCAAAAGUGAAGCGCCCAAAUGAAGCAAAACAAAAGAAAGAACGAAAGAGGUGACAUGGACAAUUUUAGCAGAAAUACAGACUAUUUUGUCUGUGAAAAUGGUGCAGAGGGAAGCGCUUUGUGCAUUUGUGGAGAGUAAGAUUUCUGUUGUUUUCUCUUGACUGGAUUUUACUAAAGUUUGAUUUCUCAGCUCUUUCUGGAGAGUCGUCCCAGAUUAAUAAUGUGUUAAUGUUCAUCUCGCUGGCGUCUCACAAUGUAACAAAAAUGAUCAAAACAACAUAUUUUAUUUUUUGAAUGGUCAAAAGUUCUCCAAACAGGUGAGCUAUUAACAGUGUUGGGGAGUAACGGAUUACAUGUACCGCUGUUACAUAAUCAGAGUACAAAUUAUGAGUAACUGUAUUCCGUUACAGUUACUGUUUCAAUGAGUGGUAAUUGGAUUACAGUUACUUUGCUGAAAUAAGUGGAUUAUAAGGUGGUAUUUUCCUGUUUUCACAUUUUGUGCUACAUUCCAUUUAUUUAUUUUUUUACUUCGGUAAUUCCACUCAUUGCCGGAAACCCAAACAGAACGUGCGCAAUAAGAGCGAUGUAAACGUCAUGUUAAAGUUGGCGGUGUCAGUCACACAGUGGAAGCAGCAGUGCAUUGGUAAAAAUGCAUUUGUGUCUUGGAAAUUCUUCUCCCGAUGUGAGAUAUAUACAAAAAAAACAACAAAUAAAAUCGCCUACAACUUAAAUGUGAAACAGGAGCUACUGGCAAUGGUGAAAACAACCUGCAUAGACUCAUAAUAUCUGCACUACUGUCCUAUAGUGACCUGCCACAUGAGUGGACGCGCACACAAACACACACAA